AAACCUUAACUAUAUAAGCGAACCAUUUCUCUAUUUCCUCUCGCUCGCCGCUGUGGUUUCCAUAGCCUCUUCUCAGAUCUCUCUCUCUUCUUCCCUCACACCCGAACAGUGAAACACAAUGGCUGGAAAAGGAGAGGGUCCUGCAAUCGGAAUCGAUCUCGGAACCACUUACUCUUGCGUCGGUGUCUGGCAACAUGACCGCGUCGAAAUUAUCGCCAACGAUCAAGGUAACAGAACGACGCCGUCUUACGUCGGUUUCACUGACACCGAACGUCUCAUCGGUGACGCCGCUAAGAACCAAGUCGCUAUGAACCCUAUCAACACCGUCUUCGAUGCUAAGAGGUUGAUUGGUCGUAGAUUCAAUGAUGCCUCUGUCCAGAGUGAUAUUAAGUUGUGGCCAUUUAAGGUCAUUGCUGGUGCUGCUGAUAAGCCAAUGAUUGUGGUUAACUACAAGGGUGAAGAGAAGCAAUUUGCAGCAGAAGAAAUUUCUUCUAUGGUACUCAUGAAGAUGCGUGAGAUUGCUGAGGCUUAUCUUGGUUCUACGAUUAAGAAUGCUGUUGUUACAGUACCUGCUUACUUUAAUGAUUCUCAGCGUCAAGCUACCAAGGAUGCCGGUGUCAUUGCGGGUCUUAAUGUUAUGCGAAUUAUCAACGAGCCUACUGCAGCUGCCAUUGCUUAUGGUCUUGACAAGAAGGCUACAAGCGUUGGUGAGAAGAAUGUCUUGAUUUUUGAUCUUGGUGGUGGAACAUUUGAUGUUUCUUUGCUUACUAUUGAGGAGGGUAUCUUUGAGGUGAAAGCAACAGCCGGAGACACUCAUCUUGGAGGUGAGGAUUUUGAUAACAGGAUGGUGAACCACUUUGUUCAAGAGUUUAAGAGAAAGAACAAGAAGGACAUAAGUGGCAACCCCAGAGCUCUUAGAAGGUUGAGAACUUCUUGUGAGAGGGCAAAGAGAACGCUAUCAUCUACUGCUCAGACUACCAUUGAAAUUGAUUCUCUGUAUGAGGGAAUUGAUUUCUACUCUACCAUUACUCGUGCCAGAUUUGAGGAGCUCAACAUGGAUCUCUUUAGGAAAUGUAUGGAACCGGUUGAGAAAUGUUUAAGAGAUGCUAAGAUGGACAAAAGGAGUGUCCAUGAUGUUGUCCUUGUUGGUGGUUCUACCAGAAUUCCCAAGGUUCAACAACUUUUGCAGGACUUCUUUAAUGGAAAGGAGUUAUGCAAGAGCAUAAAUCCUGAUGAGGCUGUUGCAUAUGGUGCUGCUGUUCAGGCUGCAAUUUUGAGUGGUGAGGGCAAUGAGAAGGUUCAGGAUCUUCUCCUCCUCGAUGUCACUCCUCUGUCUCUUGGUUUGGAGACUGCUGGUGGUGUGAUGACUGUCCUGAUCCCUAGGAACACUACAAUUCCAACAAAGAAGGAACAGGUUUUCUCAACAUAUUCUGAUAAUCAGCCUGGCGUGUUGAUCCAAGUCUUUGAAGGUGAGAGAACAAGGACGAGAGAUAACAAUUUGUUGGGCAAAUUUGAACUUUCAGGCAUUCCUCCUGCUCCUAGAGGUGUUCCACAGAUUACAGUGUGCUUUGACAUUGAUGCCAAUGGUAUCUUGAAUGUUUCUGCCGAAGAUAAAACCACUGGUCAGAAGAAUAAGAUCACUAUCACCAAUGACAAGGGUAGACUGUCAAAGGAAGAUAUUGAAAAGAUGGUUCAAGAGGCUGAGAAGUACAAAUCAGAGGAUGAAGAGCAUAAGAAGAAGGUUGAGGCCAAGAAUGCUUUGGAAAACUAUGCAUAUAAUAUGAGGAAUACUGUGAAGGAUGAUAAGAUUGGCGGAAAACUUGCUCCAGCUGAUAAGAAGAAGAUUGAGGACGCUAUUGAGCAGGCUAUCCAGUGGCUAGACAACAACCAGCUUGCAGAGGCAGACGAGUUUGAGGACAAAAUGAAGGAAUUGGAAAGCAUCUGCAAUCCUAUCAUUGCCAAGAUGUAUCAGGGUGGUGCUGGUCCAGAUGUGGGUGGUGGAGCCGAUGAUGAUUAUGCUCCUCCUUCUGGUGGCAGUGGUGCUGGCCCCAAGAUUGAGGAAGUCGACUAAAUGUACCUGAUUUCCUCCUUUUCUACUUAUUUGAUGACAUUUUGGUUGGUUUUUUUUUUUUUUUUUAACUUGCAUGGUUUUAGUUAGUUGAAAGGAAGACAAUUUCCCCUUAGCGUUUUGUCGCAUUUAUUAUGUUUGCUUUUAUUAAAUUGGAUGUUAGACGAUAGUCAAUAUUUAUUUGCAAUUUACCUGCAGAAAUUAUUAUGUUUUGUUUUCAGACUUUGAAUAACACGAUACAGUUAUCCUGCUGUCUUUAGCCUACAGAUGCGCAGGAGUUCUCUGUUUGUAGUUCGCUCGAAUAUGUAGUUCUGUAACACCAGUUGUAUGUCUCGGAUCCCAUGAUAGGAAAUAUUUAUCACUGAAAUAUGAAGUUAUUUUGUUGGCACUUGGUAUCGGCGAUUAUUCUUCGCCUGUCGAACUUAUUGUGCAACUUUUUAGCCUAAAUUAUAUGUCUACAACUCCACUAUAUGAAAAUAUCUUCCAAGAGGUACUGGUUUAAAUUUUAUAAAGAUGAAAUUAGAUUUUG